AUGUACAAGGUACUGGAGCGCAUUAUCCUGGACCGACUCAUUAAACAUCGCGAAGAAACAACGCGCGACGAGCAAGCUGGCUUUCGUCCUGGUCGAUCUACGAUUGACCAGGUGUUCAUCGUCUGGAGAGUGAUCGAAAUCUGGCAGCGGUAUUCGAAGCCAAUGCAACUAGCGUUUCUGGACUUUGAAGCCGCGUUCGACUCUCCUCACCGAGGCGGUCUUCUCAACGCGCUUCGCGCCGAUGGAGAACCAGGAAAGUUCGUUCGCUCGCUUGAUGAUAUGAAUCAACGAAAAGCUGCUGCAGUUCGAACACCAGCCGGAUGUACAACACCAUUUGAAGUGGUAAGUGGAGUAAGACAAGGGGCAGUGGCAGGACCUUUCCUGUUCAAUUUCGCAAUCGACGUCAUUAUGCGGAGAACAGUCGACCAGUGUCCUCCGACAUUGUCUUAG